AGACGGGGGAGUAGUAUCGCGCCUCAUUCAGCUAAUUCAGUACCUCCUCUUCUCUUGAACCAUCGAAGACACCUGCGCCUCUUCUCUUGAACCGUCAAACCGCAAAUCAGGGAAGCUGAGUGAUAUUUUGAGCAGAAAAGAGGCUUGUUGAGCAAUAUACAAUGGCUGAUGACGAUUACAAUGAGAUGGAUAUUGGAUAUGAGGAUGAGCCUGUGGAGCCAGAAAUAGAAGAAGGUGCAGAGGAGGAGGAUGUGGAUAACAAUGAUGAUAUUCCUGGAGAUGCCAUUGAAACUGAUGACAAGGAAGAACAAGUACCGGUGGAACGACCUCGCAAAACAUCAAAAUUUAUGACCAAAUAUGAACGUGCUCGAAUCUUGGGUACCCGUGCUGUGCAGAUUAGCAUGAAUGCCCCUGUGAUGGUUGAGUUGGAGGGCGAGACUGACCCACUUGAGAUUGCUAUGAAGGAGCUUCGUGAGCGAAAGAUACCCUUUACCAUCCGCCGCUACCUGCCUGAUGGAAGCUAUGAAGACUGGGGAGUUGAUGAACUGAUUGUGGAAGAUUCCUGGAAGAGGCAGGUGGGAGGUAACUGAUCUCUUAAUUACAAGCAAGGAAAUUGUAAUAUAAUGUAGAACUUGUUUGGAGGAUUUUACUAGUCUAAUUUUGUGUUUUAGCACUGCCGCUAUGAACUACAUGUUAGAGCACUUGUAUGUCCAGUAUGUUUGAAACUUUGGUCUAUGCUGCUUUAAUGUCGUAUGUGUACUCAGUUGGCAGUUCAUUAGUGUCAUUGUCUAAUCUAUGCAUGGACACAAUUUGCAAAUUGAUAGCUUUGUCUCAGGGCAAGCUUUCCUCAUAGUGUGGCAAAGACGGUUCCUACUCUGGGGUCUAAAAAAUAGUAAUAUUUAUAUCUAGUGGUUUCCCUGUGAAUUUAUUUCA